AUGUCGGGUCCUACGAAAUACGCCCUGGUUUCUCUCCCCACCUCUAUCUCUCCCACCAACGAUAAAGAAGAAGCUCUGGGAGCUCUGAAAUCGACUAUCGCGGAUAAUGGCGCCACAAUUCCAUUCAAGAUCCCCGAAUUCAAGAUCGGAACGCUCGAUGCUUUAGUGCAGCAGGCGGACGACCUGGCGAAGCUGGAGAGUGCUUGCCAGGUUGUGGUAGCUAAGGUGGGAGAUUCUCUGCGGUCCCUGCUAGAGGGUGAUGAGGAGAAGAUCUCGCAGCAAAAGACGGUCAAUGAUAAGCCGGCUGAUCAAUACCUGCGGACUUUCAACUGGAACAAAGUCAAGUACCGUGCCGAUAAACCACUGGCAGAGCUUAUCGACUCUUUGCAGAAGGAACUUGCCAGCAUUGACAACGAUGUCAAAUCAAAACUUACCCAGUAUAAUGGAGUUAAGACGAACCUUACCACACUGCAACGAAAACAAACAGGAAACCUCGCCACCAAAUCCCUUACACCCGUUGUCGAUCCCAAAAUCCUGGUCCAAGACUCUGAAUACCUCGAAACCCACCUAAUCGUAGUUCCCUCGAAUUUCAAAAAAGACUUUAUUAAGAGUUACGAAACAAUAUCACCUAUGGUUGUCCCUCGAUCAGCAAAGGAGGUAGCACACGAUGACGAGUUCACGCUCUAUGCAGCUACGACGUUCAAGAAAUACAGCGCGGAGUUUCAGCAUAAGUGCAGAGAGAUGAAGUGGACGCCUAGGGAUUACAAGUAUGUCGAGGGCGGGAAAGAAGAAGAACGGAAGGAGGUGGAGAGAGUUGGUAGGGAUGAGAGGAAAAUAUGGGGUGAGGCGUUGAGACUGGGACGUACGGGAUGGAGUGAAGCUGUCAUGAUAUGGAUCCACGUCUUGACUCUGCGAGUAUUCGUGGAGACAGUCUUGCGGUAUGGUUUGCCUCUGGAUUUCGUAUGCGGUUUGAUCAAGACAACCCCAAAGCUGGUGAAGAAAGCAAAGACGGCCCUCGAUUCAAGCUAUUCAUACCUAGGAGGAAACGCAUUUGGACGAGAUAACAAGGGACGAGUAACAAAGGAUGACUCGGCCCUAUCCUCCGAAAUGGCGGCAGCAGGUGUAGGCGGUGGUGAAGGUAGUGAGUACACAGCUUAUGUGUAUUACGACUUUGAGAUUAUAUAG